ACACGUCCUAUAGUUCACCUGUACAGCGAGGCCCCUCCCCCUCACCUGGUGGCCAGCUGAUGAUGUCAUAUGAUGGACAGGUUAGCCAGGGUUCCUCCCCCCAGCGGUCUAACGCCCUACAGCAGAACACUAACCUGCAUAACGCCUCCUACUCCUCCCCCUUGGCCUCCUCUCCUCUCCAGAGGAAUGCCUCCCUCUACACCCCCGCGCUCAGCCCUCGGCUCCGCAACGCUUCGUACGCCUCCCCCGCUCUUCACAAACCUCCUCCCCGCUCGUCCCCCACGCUGUCCACCACUCUUAGCUCCUCCCACCACCUACAGGGGUCAGCGUUCCGCCUCCCCGACGGUUCCGUGAUGAUGUCGGGGGGUUCCGAGGGGAACAUGGGCAGUGGAGGUGGUGGUCCUCCUGGUUCUGUCUCUCUAAUGUCUAAUGCUCUGCAGAACCCCAGCAUUAAACGAGCUACCUACCGCCUACCAGACGGUUCUCUGGUCACCAGGACUGAACCCAAUCCUCAACCGUCCUCCGCUCUCCUCAACCCCAGCAUGCAACGGGCUACGUAUAAAUUACCAGAUGGGACGCUAGUAACCCAGAACGAGCCUCAACCGAUUCCCUCUCCCUCCUUCUCUCCGAAUCUCUCCUCAGCUCUUCUCAACCCUAACCUCCGUCAGGCUACGUACAGAUUACCGGAUGGAACUCUAGUAACCAGGACUGAACAAACUCCUCAGCCGUCCUCUCCUAACCUCUCCUCUGCCCUCCUCAACCAAAAUCUUACCAAGGCUACAUACCGUUUACCCGACGGAACUCUAGUGACCAGGAACGAGCCUCAACAACCGUCCUCUCCGAUGCUCUCCUCUGCCCUCCUCAACCAAAAUCUUACCAAGGCUACGUACCGUUUACCAGACGGAACUCUAGUAACCAGGAACGAGCCUCAACAACCGUCCUCUCCGAUGCUCUCCUCUGCCCUCCUCAACCAAAAUCUUACCAAGGCUACGUACCGUUUACCAGACGGAACUCUAGUAACCAGGAACGAGCCUCAACAACCGUCCUCUCCGAUGCUCUCCUCUGCUCUCCUCAACCAAAAUCUUACCAAGGCUACGUACCGUUUACCAGACGGAACUCUAGUAACCAGGAACGAGCCUCAACAACCGUCCUCUCCGAUGCUCUCCUCUGCUCUCCUCAACCAAAAUCUUACCAAGGCUACGUACCGUUUACCAGACGGAACUCUAGUAACCAGGAACGAGCCUCAACAACCGUCCUCUCCGAUGCUCUCCUCUGCCCUCCUCAACCAAAAUCUUACCAAGGCUACGUACCGUUUACCAGACGGAACUCUAGUAACCAGGAACGAGCCUCAACAACCGUCCUCUCCGAUGCUCUCCUCUGCUCUCCUCAACCAAAAUCUUACCAAGGCUACGUACCGUUUACCAGACGGAACUCUAGUAACCAGGAACGAGCCUCAACAACCGUCCUCUCCGAUGCUCUCCUCUGCCCUCCUCAACCAAAAUCUUACCAAGGCUACGUACCGUUUACCAGACGGAACUCUAGUAACCAGGAACGAGCCUCAACAACCGUCCUCUCCGAUGCUCUCCUCUGCCCUCCUCAACCAAAAUCUUACCAAGGCUACGUACCGUUUACCAGACGGAACUCUAGUGACCAGGAACGAGCCUCAACAACCGUCCUCUCCGAUGCUCUCCUCUGCCCUCCUCAACCAAAAUCUUACCAAGGCUACGUACCGUUUACCAGACGGAACUCUAGUAACCAGGAAUGAGCCUCAGCAACCUUCUUCUCCUAACCUCUCCUCUGCCCUCCUCAACCCUAACGUCCGUGGAGCCUCCUAUAGGGGGGGGUCUCUGGCCCCCCCUAGCCCCUCCCCCAACCUGUCCAAUGCUCUCCAGAACCCAAACAUGCGUUCAGCUACAUACAGACUACCUGACGGGACCUUAGUGACCCGGACCCAGCCUAGCACCCCCCAGCUCUCCAACGCUCUCCAGAACCCAAACAUGCGUUCAGCUACAUACAGACUUCCUGACGGGAGCCUGAUGACGAGACCUGUUCCCGCCACCCCCCAGCUUGGCAAUGCCCUACAGAACCAGAACCUCCGUGGGGCUUCCUACCGCCUACCCUCCUCGCUGGAGGAGCCUGGAGGGGGGCGAUACGCCGUGGUCAUGCCCCAGGUGCAGGGCUCUGUGCCGGGGCAAGGGGCAGGGCAUCACUGGGCUCAGGGCCCAGGUCCUGGGAUGGGGACACAGCCUGGGGGUGCAGGGGAGCAGGUGGAUGUGUGGGGGUCAGAGACAGUGCUUCCCCACCCCACCGUCCAGAACCUCACCAAGUGGUCCAUGUACCGGGAUGAGGAGCUGCUGGAUUUCCCGGGGCCCCUCCACCAUGGACAGAGAGAGAUGGAAGACCUGGAGCCGGACUGGGCUCCUAACAGGGAAGGGGAACCCACUGGGCCCUGGUAUGAUAAGGUAAUACUGGUUUAA